AUGUUGUGUCUCCGCCUCAUUGCGAUGACCGCCGUCUGCUGGAGUGUGGUAGGAGAAGCGCAAACGCUGUCCAUACCAAAGACCUGGACGAAUGCCACCCCUAGUCUCGACCGCCAAUCGCGCGAGAAUCUUGCCAACAGAGCUGCUACAGCCCUUCUUCAGCACGUAGAUCUCACUUCGCCGAGUCUAGAGACCGGUGGCAACGUGCAAGGCGUCACCAGCAUGUAUGCGGUUCUGACUCUCCAAGACUACUACAGCGGCAACACUACCUGGGCCCGCACAAUCGUGGAUAGCAUGCAACUUCGGAAUAGCCAGUACGGAAUCUAUGGACCACCUCCAGCGAUUAAUAGUGAUGGAAUCUACUGGGGGCUCGCGUAUUUUUACGCGUACCGAGCGUACAAGCAACGGCCUUUGCUUGAUCUCGCGCUCUCAGCGUACAACGCAACAUAUUGGGCGGGGUUCGUUACGCCACAGGAUGCGAUCGAUGGUAGUGGUGCCGGGCGCAGCGGAUCAUUCCUUCCCUCGGCGAGUUGCACGAAUGACACAAUUGCUGGUGGAGUAUUCAAGAGCAAGGAUGACCAGAGUCUUUUCGAUCUCAAUAUGGAGUCGACCGGACCAUUUAUGGCCUUGGCAGCAUACCUAUACGAACUUACUGGCGAUCCGGCUUACCAACAGGCCGCACUGCUCUCUUUAGAUUUUACACUCAACUUUAUGUUCAAUGAGACGGCCGGUAUUGUCGGAGACACGUUCCAGCCGAGUAGCUGCUAUCUUGAAAUGAAGCCUCUCACUGUCAAUCAAGCAUGGUUCAUCGAAGGCCUCUCGAUCUUGGCGAACGUCACAGACAACAGUACUUUGACGUCAUUUUUGAAGGGACUCGUCUUGAAUGUCACAACGUAUCCGGGUUGGUCGUCACCAGACGGUGUAUUGAGUGAGGCCCUCAACUUCAAGGGGAUUUUCAUUCGCGGCCUUAUGGAAGCUCGCAUGCGCAAUCCAGAGACGGAUCUCUCACGAUACAUCGACGCGUACAUCGACGUGCAGUACAACUCUGUAUUGGCUCUCGCUCGAUCGCCCACCCCAAAUGAUAGCUUCUACUCCACGUCAUGGUCUGGGCCUCCAGUAGAGACCUUCAGCGCUGAUGGGAACUUCAUCACCUUGGACGUGCUAAACGCCGCCUUCAGUAUCACGGGCGCUUCGAAAUCUUCCAAUCCCCCAGCCAACAUGCAUACGACUGCUUCUGCUUCUACUACUAGUCAAACCGGGACUCAACCUGUUCACACCGUGAAUACGUCGGGAAGCAGGGUCGGCACUAUUGCAGGAGGCGCCAUAGGCGGUGGCCUCGCUCUUCUAGCCCUUGUCUGCGCCGCAUACCUCUGGAGACGUCGUAGGAGGGAUGUAACCGAUGAAUAUCGACCUCGCGACGCGUUCAACGAUAACCUGACACAUGCAUUAGCCAUUGAACCGUUCAUCGUCCCGGUUCCCAAUCCGUUUGCCGGCGCCAACUUACCGUGGACUUCUAAGCGGCAACACAUCAGCGCGUCGCUUCGUAUAGAACGCACGUCGGCUCCCGUGGGUGCUUCCACGUCCUCUGCAACGACGCCUACUCCUAGAGUGGAUGACCAUACGCAGGAGGAGUCAGGAUCCGCACAGUCAAACGUUCCGUCCGCGAGGGACGCCUCUGCGCAUAUGAAUCCAGGCGCGCCAGCCGAGCAAAUAGACGCUGCAGAGAUCCCAAUGUUAGUCGGGUUGUUGAAUAAUCUUCUGCAGGAUCGCCAGUCACAACUUCCACCUCGAUAUGAGGCUUGA